CCAGACGGGCCGCUGGGACCCGGCAGCACGGCCCAUGGCCUCCCCGCGCCUCGGGACCUACUGCUGCCCCACGCGGGACGCCGCCACGCAGCUGGUGCUGAGCUUCCAGCCGCGGGCGUUCCACGCGCUGUGCCUGGGCAGCGGCGCCUGCAGUGUGGCGCUCGGCCUGCUGCAGCUGCUGCCCCGCCGCCGGCCCGCGGGCCCCGGGAGCCCCGCCGCCCCGCCCGCCUCGCCGCGCGCCCCGGCCUCCGUGCGCAUCCUGCGCGCCGCCGCCGCCUGCGACCUGCUCGGGUGCCUGGGUAUCUUGUUCCGAUCUGCGGUGUGGUUAGGAUUCCCAGAUCUCGUCGAAAACAUCUCCAGUGUGAAUGGGACAGAUGUUUGGCCCGCUGUGUACUGUGUGGGGAGUGCAAUGUGGAUCGAGCUGCUGUACAGCGCCUGCUUCUGGUGGCUGUUUUGCUAUGCAGUGGAUGCCUACCUGGUAGUCCGGAGAUCAGCAGGACAGAGCACCGUCGUCCUUUACCACAUCAUGGCCUGGGGCCUGGCCACCCUGCUCUGCGUGGAGGGAGUGAUCAUGCUCUACUACCCUUCUGUGUCCAGGUGUGAGCGGGAUCUGGAACAUGCCAUUCCCCACUACGUCACCACAUACUUGCCGCUGCUGCUGGUCCUUGUGGCCAACCCCGUCCUGUUCCAGAAGACCGUGACUGCAGUGGCCUCUUUACUUAAAGGAAGACAAGGCAUUUACACAGAGAACGAGAGACGGAUGGGAGCCACAAUCAAGAUCCGAUUUUUCAAAAUAAUGCUGGUUUUCAUUAUUUGUUGGUUGCCGAACAUCAUCAAUGAAAGCCUUUUAUUCUAUCUUGAAUUGCAACCAGAUGUCAGUGGAAGCUCUCUGAAACCUGUCCGAAAUGCAGCCAAGACCACGUGGUUUAUUAUGGGAAUACUGAAUCCAGCCCAAGGAUUUCUCUUGUCCUUGGCCUUCUAUGGCUGGACAGGAUGUAGCCUGGAUUCUCAGUGCCCCAGGAAGGAGAUUCAGUGGGAAUCAGUGACCACCUCUGCUGCCGAGCAGACCUCCCUGUCCCCAGAGGGCUCCCGCAAAUGUCCCCCCUCUGGCAAGGUGGCGCGUGUCGGCGGGCACAAUUCCGACGAGGCGCUCAGCAUGUUGUCUGAAGGUUCCGAUGCCAGCACAGUUGAAAUCCAUGUCACCAGCGAGUCCCGCGACAGAAACGAGGUUGGCCCCGUUCCUGAGCCCCGGGGAGACCUGUGAGGGUCGCGGCGGUCCAGAUGCCAUGUCGCCCCCGGGGGACACCUGUGGCCGGAGGUCACGUGGCCGCGGGGACAGGAGCGCCUUCCACGCCGCACUCGGCUGCUCCUGCACACGCUCAGCCGCCCGCGGCCCCCGCCCGUCCUGUACACACGGGGCCGCGGCUCCCGCCGCUGGGUGCAGGCGCGGUGCCUGGGGGGCAGUGGGCAGGGGGCCCGGCCGCUCACCGGCCACCGUGUGUCCCCGUGCUGUCGGGCAGGGCUGGUCUCAGGGGUCCUUGGCACCGGACCGAGGCCACUGCUCAGCUUGGAAUCCCGCUUCCAUGGCAUUAGGUCUAUAUACACGUAGAAUUUUUUUAUUUAUCGGCAAGAACAUUAGUGGGCGCCUUGCACGUGCAAGCCCCGCAGGCAGGUGCGCAGAGAAGCAAGACGCUUUUCUCAGGACGCCGCGGAGUCUGCCGCGUGACACCUGCCUGCGCAUCGGGGCGUCCCGUGGGCUCGAGAGCCGCCCAGGAAGCUUCCAGGUUUGUACCCUUGGAGAGUCGCUUGCUUGCAGGCCUGGGGCCGGGCAUGGGGCCGUCCCCGCGGCUCAGGGCAUGGAGGCAGCCCCACAUCGUCCCCGUGUCCCCGACACCUGCGGCCGCACCGUCUCCCAGGUCGGGGUUGGAAGCCGGCGUCUAGGGGACCGGCCGCACACGGCCCUGUCUGCCUAGAGGGAAACGAGAGCUCCCGUCAGAAGAAGGGGGCGCCCACCCCCCUGUCCGGCUCCGGGGAACCGAGUACGUGCAGGCCUGGCCCCGUGGCUCCGAGGGAUGGAGCCAGACCCGGCCUGUUUGGCCCUGGGGUGCACCCUGCCAAGGGCCUGCGCACCCCAACUGCUCCCACCUGCACCCCCGCGUGAGGCCAGGCUUGCGUGCACAGGAGGCACCGCCCGCACACGGUGCCCAGAAGCUUCCGUGGCCAGCGAGCGCGGUGUUGAGCGACUGGAAGCCUGAACCCCACCGAAGCCGGGCACCCACCCCUUGCAGGCCCCCUGUGCCCCAGGCUGUGCUGUGCUUCCCCCCAACUCCUGAAGUGGGGGAUGUGCCCGCCCAGCCCGGUGGGGCCUAAAACACGCAGCUGGAGUCCGCACAGCUGGGGCCCCGGCCCGCCGCCUGCACCAAGGUGCCUGGCACCCUGUGCCCCCAGCGCCCCUGUCCUCCCCACGGGCACACGAUGUGCGGGACACACCCACCAAGUGAGCAAAGGCCCCUAAAAGCCCUGCCAUGCUGGCACGUGGCCCAGUUCCGUUGGGGCCUCCGGCCACGCGCAGCUCCUCGUGUGCAGGGCACAGGCCCCCCCCCCCCCCCCCCGCCACAGCCCGCCUGAAGUCCUGGAGGAGGAGCGGGUGGAACAGCCUGUAACGUAACCCGGGGGCUGCCCGCGCCCCUGCCCGUUGCAGCGGAGCCAUCCCGGGAACGGGCACUCGAUGGCCUUCGCUCGCCACGUCCACGAGGGCCCAAGCUCAGCCAAGCGAGACCAAGAAAGCACAGCCACCAAGUUCUCUAAUAUCAAAAUAGAGCGAUUUAUUCAAGACACUGAGUAUGAUCUGUUGAUUCUCUCUUGAAACAAAUGAGCUACGACACACAAGGUGAUUCUUUUUCUCAGAGAGCGUGAGGGUGAGUGGGGGUGGAAGAGAACAGAACGGGGGUCGAUGUGCACGGAACAGAAUCUAGAAAAUGCAGACAGAGGACGUCUGGCUGUACGUCUGACACAGACAAUAAAAACUGCAGAAGCCAGAAUUCAAAACUUCAGUGAGUGGCGGAAGGAACAUUUCUGCAUUGGACAAGAAACACGAUUUAAAAAAAAAAAAAGUGGAACAGAAGGUUAAAAAUAACAAGGAACAACGCAGACCCUUA